AUGAAUAAGCAAAUGUGUAAAAUACUCAUUUCUACAAGUAACUCGUUUUCCAAUAAUUUGGAUAAGGAUAGAAAAUAUCAAUUUAAUAUGAAUGAAGGAAUUUUUAGUAAUUAUUGUACUAGUAACAAUUGUAGUACUAAUCACGAAAAAAUUAAUGCUGGAUGUUUAUAUUUGCUUGAUGCAUUCUUUAAGGAUUCUAAAUUGUUUGAGACUGUUGCAAAAAGUAACAUAAAUGUUGUUGAAUACAUUAUGAUAUGGUUAAGUAAAAUAUUAAAACUAAUUGAACCUAGUGAAAACGAGAGUCUAAAAUUUUUUUAUGAUAUAUAUAUACAGAAUGAUGGUAGGUAUAAAAAUACUAUAAACACAAUUGAAGGUUGUAAUAAUUAUAAGGAUCUUAUAGAUAAAAAAAAAAUGAAGGAUAUGAAAAUUAAAGAUAUAUCUAAAUUAUAUGAUGCAUUUUAUUCAUUAUGUAUGAUGUAUAUUGAAUUUGAUGAAGAAAAUCCAAAAUGCAAUAAAUAUUUGACAGAUGCCAAUAAUUUUGUUGAAAAAUAUAAAAAACUUAAGGCAGAUUCUAGUAUUAUUGAAAAGAGUUCAUAUAUUCAACUAUUAUCUACUUUAUUAACUGAUUAUAAUAAUUUUAUAAAUAAAUAUAGUGUUAAUUGUCCCAAUUCAUCCUUCCCAACGAUAGAAAAAGCAGAAAAAUUUGUAGGAAGUAUUGAACAAAUUUCUGAAGUUGCAUCAUCAAAUUCGUCUAUAGGAAACAAAUUAUUUAUAGUUUUAUCGAUAUUUGGUGCAAUAGCAUUUUUUUUGGGAAUUUCUUAUAAGUAUUCGUUAUUUGGAUUUCGGAAACGAUUUCAAAAACAAAAAUUAAGAGAAAAACUAAAAAAUAUAAAGAAGAGAAUGAAUCAUUAA